GCGUCACAUGAAGAGAAACACAACACACACAGGGAAGGUUGAGUUGCUGUCCGAGGAAAGACAAGAUCAUGUCGUCUCCAGAAAUUGCUUCCUUAUCCUGGGGCCACAUGAAGGUCAAAGGUUGCUCCACAUCCUAUAAAGACUGUAAAGUGUGGCCUGGUGGCAGCCGUGCAUGGGACUGGCGUGAAACCGGCACAAAUCAUCAUCCAGGUGUGCAGCCGUCCGAUUUAGAGGAGAUUUUGAGGAAAGGAGUGCAGACGCUGGUUAUAGGAAGAGGGAUGAGUGAAGCUCUGCAGGUUCCUCCGUCCACCUUAGAUUACGUGAAGAAGCAGGGAGUCGACGUUCAGGUGUUUCAGACGGAGCAGGCUGUCAGAGAAUACAACGCUUUAGCAGGAAAAGGAGAAAAAGUGGGCGGAGUUUUCCACUCCACCUGCUGAAGACAUUAACACAACCUGCUAAUUACACUUACUACAGAGUUUAAUGUGCCUUACUCUUCAAACGAACACUGUUUUCUUAAUUUAGGCUUCAGGAUUGUGUCUUUGUGUUAGUGAAAAUGAAAACAAAUUGAAAACAAUUGUGCUCAGAAAAUACUAUAUUAGCAAACGCAUACACAAGGAAUACAAAUGAACAAAAUGAUUUAUUUUGGAUAAAAAAUAACAGUGAAAGCGUCUGAUUUUUGUCUCGGCUGUUAAUUGCAGAUAUGUACACGACAGCUCAACAUUGUAGGAUCAGGAUUUAUUUAAUCAGGUCAACAAGACUGCAUUUAUUUGAUCCAAAAAUACAAUAAAACAGUAAUAUUGUGAUAUCAAACUGUUUGAUUUUGAUGUUUUACAAUAUUAUUUUUUAUUACGAGAUUCGAAGCUGAAUUUACUCUAGUCUUCAGUGUCACAUGCUCCUUCAUAAAUCAUUAUAAUUUGCUCAUUUACUGUUAUAUUAUGAUUAUUACUGGUCAAUAAACAUUCUUAUAAUAUUUAAUGUUGAA